GACUGUCAAGGAAUAACUCCCCGCUGCCUCUCUCUCUUCCUCUUGACUCCCUCCAUCCCCCUCCUCCUCCAGCGUGCCACUCUCCUCUCUCCCCUCUGCUCCUCAUUUUUAUCUCAACUUGAACUAUCCACGCAUUCAAUUUUUAAUGAUACACGCAGCACUCGCUCAGCCACUCUGCUCCGUCUCCUUUUGCUCUCUGCUCCCCUCUUCACCACCUGUUAGUCCUCCUACCGUCUUCGCUCUGGAAUUCCCUGUUUUUUAUGAGGAGUUUCACUUUUGUUCUAUCGCUGAGCCCCAUGACGGUGAGAAAAGGAAAUCGUUUAGGCAUCUCCAUACAGGAGCACAUGGCCAUCAACGUCUGUCCAGGGCCCAUCCGGCCCAUUCGCCAAAUCUCCGCCUACUUCCCUCGCCUCUCGCCCACUUCCUCAUUCUCUGAGCCACUCUCGCCCAAUCAGCUGUCAGCCCCGGCUUCGCUCAGCCCCGGCGGCACAGGUCAAGGUGGAGGUGGAGACGGACCCAGCAGCGGGCUUUUGUCUCCGCUGUUACCAGGAGCUGCGGGGGGAGGGGGGUCACUGUCAGCCAUGAGCAGCAUGGACACCUCCAUUGAGAUCGACAGCUGUGACAGUGAUGAUAACACCUCCUUGGGAACGCUGGAGUUUGACUUAUUGUAUGACAGAGCCACCAGCUCCUUACACUGCACAGUCCUCAAAGCAAAGGGUUUGAAGCCAAUGGAUUUCAACGGUUUGGCUGAUCCCUAUGUCAAGCUGCACCUGCUGCCGGGGGCCUGCAAGGCCAAUAAACUGAAAACCAAGACAGUUCGAAACACACUGAAUCCUGUGUGGAACGAGACUCUCACCUACUGUGGAAUCACUGAGGAGGACAUGUACCGCAAAACUCUCCGGGUGUCUGUGUGUGACGAAGACAAGCUGACACAUAAUGAGUUCAUCGGGGAAUCGAGGGUGGCCCUGCGCCGUGUGAAGCCUGACCAGACCAAACACUUUAACAUCUGUCUGGAGCAUCCACCUCCUCUACCUUCACCAACUGCGAUGACCACAGCCCUGAGAGGAAUCUCCUGCUAUCUGAGAGAGUGGGAGACGGAGCAGCACAGAAGUCUGGAGGAAAGAGGUCGUCUGCUGCUCUGUCUCCAGUACCUCCCCCCAAAUACUGAGGCAGAAUUGAAGGGCGAGGCCAAAGAGAGAGCUCGCGGUGGGCUGUGCGUGGGCGUCAAACGCUGCGCCCACCUGGCGGCCAUGGAUGUCAAUGGUUUCUCCGACCCCUACGUUAAAACGUAUCUGAAGCCAGACGUUCAGAAGAAAUCCAAGCAUAAAACAGCAGUCAUUAAAAAGACACUCAACCCAGAAUUUAAUGAGGAGUUCUUCUACGAAAUAUCCUUCUCAGAAUUGGCUACUAAGACACUAGAAGUCACAGUGUGGGACUAUGACUUGGGAAGGUCAAAUGACUUCAUAGGGGGAGUAUCCUUAGGGUGCCACUCACAGGGAGAAACCCUGCAGCACUGGGUAGAUUGUCUGAAGAACAAGGGGAAGAAGGUGGAGCGCUGGCACACUCUGACCAAUGAUCUGCCAGGAUCCAAUCUGCAGGAAUGAUCCCAGCAUCCUCCUCUGCGCUGACACUGGAAGCACAGCCUGAACAGUCGGGAUGGGGAUCUUUCAUCGCAUGCUCUGAAGAUUUUCUGCAUGACUGUGAUGGAGUCAUAUCCUACUUACUGUGUGUCAUCAAAAGGGUUUAUGAUUCAUGGCAGUUUACCCAAACUGGGCACAGUCACAGAGAGGUCCAGCUCAAAUCUGACAAGCUGUGUUCAAAUUAAAAAGAUGAAACCAAUGAAAUUAUCUUAUCAACAUUCAAAAGCAUUCAUGUACCUGUGGAGGGUUUUCCAUGCACUUAUGCGCUGCCCCAAACUGGACAGAUCUCAUUCAACAAGUCAAAGUGAAAUCCUUCACAUUUGUAUGAGGAAGGAGAUUUAAUUGGUCUGAGGGUUUGACUUUCAAAUCAUCCGUCAUAUCAGGUUUGCUUACUAUUAUUAAAUAAUUUUCAUUAACUGCUGACAUUAAAACUCCACAGUAAUGACCAUCUGUCUCGCAGCCCACACACUUCUCUGUUGCAAUAAUUUUUUCCCUGAUGCUUCCUGAGAUUUCCAAGUGGUCUUAAAACUGUUGGAUGUUUGUUUUCUUUUUUGCAUCUAUUGAUCUGCCUGUCAGUAUUAGUUUGCCUGCAGACAGGUCAGCCUGAUAAGAUAAUUGGCUCUUUCAUGUCAGUGGUUUGUGUGAGGUGUUCGCAUGUUUGGUGUUAAUGGAGCCGAGCUUUGCAGCAGGACGACACACUCCUCCGGGUUGUUCUCUUGAGAUGUUUUGCUUUGAAUGAACGAAGAGAAGUUUGUUUUAUUCGGCUAUUUAAGUGUUGUUUUCAUAGUUGUUUGGAGUGUCAGCUCUGAUAACACUGUGUCAGUUACCUGUCGAUGGCACAUUAAUGUUGACCCAGUCCCUAAUUAGUAAAGAAAAGGACGGUGAUAUCUUUGGGGGAAAAAAGCUUCACAGCAACAGGGUUUGGCGAAGAGCUGUGCAUGGUUGUUGUCUGACACGGUAAAUGUAACCACCAGUCUUUGUUUUAAUGCAGAUGAAUUUCAAAUAGUGUAUAGAGAUCAGUAUUGUCUGGUAACUCUCCAUGUCUGUUGCUGCUGUUGCUGUAUUAUGGAUUGCAUUUAGGAUGAGGUCAAUGAGAAAUGCUGGUAAUAUCAGAGGUGUUUAUAUGUAAAUAAAUGGUGUUUCGCUUGUUUUGGAUAUUUAUCUUUUGGAAAGUGUGCAUGUUUUUGAUUUGUUUUUCUCAUAAAACAUUCAUAUCAA